CUCGAGCAAUGGCGGCGCCCGUGGAACCCCAACGCCAUGAGGACAUCAACAACAUCAGCAACAACGAGAGCAAACACAACAACAACAACGAUGAAGCGGAAGAAGACGACGAGGCGGUGGCCGCCAGCCUCUCGCGGAGCCUCGCUCGCCACCUGAACGCGCUCGGCGACGAGAGCCGCCCGGCGAGGCGGCGCGCACUCGAGGCCCUGGUGCGGGAGACCCUGGGACGCGAGCGUCCGCUGUCGGGCGGCGCCGUGCGGGCGGCGUUGGACGCUUCGCUCCUGCGCCCCGCGCUCCGCUGCCUCGUGCGGGACCAGGCCGAGUCCUGUCGCGAGGUGGCGGCGCGCCUCCUCGCCGGGUGCCUGGGCGCCACUUCGCGGCCCGAGGAAGCGCUGCCUUACGUGGUCGCGGCGGUGGUUGGGCGAUUGGCUGUCGGUGCCGGUGGUGCCGGUGGUGGUGGUGGGGAGCCCUCCGAAGAGCUGCGCCUGACCCUGGUGCGGCUGCUGUCACUCGCCGUGAGCCGCUGCGAUCCCGCGGCGGUGACGCCGCACGGGGAGGAGUUGGUGCGGGCGCUGAAGAGCUGCAUCGUGGACCCUUUCCCCGAAGUGAAGAAGGAAAGUUGCCGCUUCGCCUCCCAGCUCGCUGCGAGCCUGCCCGAGCACUUCCACAUGUACUCGGAGCAGCUGAUCAAGCCGCUGAUGCAGACGCUGACGCACCAGCACUCGCGCGUGCGCGUUGCCGCCGUGCUCACAACAGGCGCCGUUGUGCGCUACGGCAAUAACAAGUCCGUGAACGACGCACUGCCCCACCUCGCGCAGCGCCUCUUCGACGACGCCUCCACGGUACGCCAGGCGGUGACGGACGUGGUGGGGACCUGGUUGCUGGAGCUGCCCGACCGCUACUCAUUCUUCCACAAGCUUAUCCCGCUGCUGCUGAGCAGCCUGAGUGACGAGAUGCCUGAUGUACGAAACUCUGCGACCGAAUACUGGAAGAGAGUCGGGAAGCAGUGGGAGCACGAGAAUGAGGAGGACCUCAAAGACAAGAUGGAUUUUGAGUUUCCUCCAUCAUCCCUCUACCCAGCAGGAGGUUAGAGCUCCUCACACGGACCGUGCCUGGGCUGCCGAGAGCUGGUGCAGCGCAACCUGUCGCGGGUGCUGCCGGCGGUGGCACGCGACGCCGGCGACUGGGUGGUGGGCACGCGUACCAAGGCGUCGCAGCUCCUCGUGUGGCUGAUGGUGCACGCCGAGGAUCACGCGACGCAGCACGCUGAGCUACUGGUCGCCACGCUGCACCGAGCCUGCGCCGACGAUGAGCCACAAGUAGUGAAUAACGCCGUGCGUUCGGCGGAGCUGCUGGGCGCUUUCGUGAACCCGGAGGUGUUCUGCAAGCUCGCCCUACCGGCGCUGCACCGCUCGCCUUCGCCAAGCCACCUUGCGCCGAUCUCCGCGUUCAUACGUGGCUCCUCUGCCGAGCUGCUGGCACCACACGUGGCCUCCAUCGCAGACGCACUGGCGCACCCUGACGUGGCGCAGGCAUCCGAAAAGGUCGUGUACCACCAGGAGCUGGUGACGUGUGUACAGGCGCUGGUGUCCACGUGUGGGGAGCAGUGUCGCAACGUCACCUUCCAACUUCUGCAGCUACUGCUCAGCAGCUCCGCUCUGUGCGGAGAGUCCAGCCUCCAAGCACAGGUGCAGGAAGCAACGCGUGGCCUCACGACCGCUGCAGGCUUCGAGGGCCCUGCCGCGCUCCUACGUGCGCACAUGCGGCCGCUGCUCGCGUGGCUCGGUGGCUCGAGCCAGCAGUGGACGAGCCAUGCUGUGGAGCGGCUCAUCUUUGACACCUUGCUCUUCCAAGCUGGUCCUAUGGUCGGUGAAUUCCUGCCAGAGGUAAUGCCGAUAUUCCGAGACCUCCUGCAGUCCAACAAGGAGCCAGAGCUGAGACUGAAGGUGUUUGCUGUCCUCUCGAAACUGCUGCUAAAUGCACAGGAGACUGUGAACUCACAGGGGCAGUUCGCUGGGUUCCUGCAGGAGCUCAUCAAGGAGAUGAUAGUUCCAAACCUGGUGUGGCACGCAGGCCGCACGGCCGCGGCCAUCCGCACCACGGCCGUGUCUUGCCUGUGGGCCCUGCUGCAUGGAGGCAUGGUCACCCCAGAGCAGGCGAGCGCCGUUAGUGGCGAGCUGCUGCCCCAGGCGGUGGCGGUGCUGGAUGAGGACUCCAAGACGUCGCGGCUGCUCGCUUGCCGCGCACUGCGCAUUCUGCUGCAACUGCUGAGCGAGAAGGGCUGCGACGCUGACGCCCUCAACAAAAUAUACCCAGAGGUGCUGAAGCGCCUGGAUGACGCUUCGGACGAGGUGCGAAUUGCAGCCGCGCGUUGCCUCUCGGCGUGGUUCGGUUGCGUGGGCGGCGACUACGACCGGGGCCUCUACCGUGCCCACCUCGAGUUCCUCUACCGUGGACUCCUCGUGCACCUCGACGACCCCGAUGCCGGCAUCCAGGCCGCCGUGCUUGACGUGCUGAAGCAGGGCGGCCGCGUGAGCCCGGAGCUGCUGCAGCAGGAGGUGGAGGCCGUGAAGCACAAGCACCGCUCGCCGCUGCACUGCGACGCCCUCGUGCAACACCUGCAACACCUGCCGCACUGCACUUUCACGUGACGGCGCCGUUCGCCCCUCACUCGCACACCUUGCUUUGUGUCUGCACAGACCCACAACUGCUUUUACACCUGCAUGCACAGCCAAACGCCGACACACAUCUGAUCGCACAGCAGUAUGCGCCUACGUCUCCACACUUGCCCACAAAAUAGAUCCCCGGUAUAUCCUUAGACUGUUGGGAAAAGUUCUGUUAGCGAGCACCUAUGAAGGCCGGCACGGUACAUGAGGCGGUGGGUGGCCAACACCACGCCCGACCGCCUUUGUCUCCCCAGUGGCGAUGUUUACACACUGCACCAGGUACUCAUUUGAGGCUGAGUUGACCUAGGGGAGGAGGCCCAGGACCGGUUCAUAUUGUUACUGGUGGUGGCCGCUAGCGGGAAUUGAACUCGAGCCAUCGGGUUCGUAGCGCCGAGCGCGAAUCGCUGCUCUACCACUGCCCACAACACCUUCCAACACAUCCAUACACCUGGUCCUCACCCCCAAACACUUGUACGCACAUUGGCAUCAGUUGCAAAGGUUGGUUGCUCGUUGGUGGCUGAUCGCUCUGUUGUGCCAUGUCCCCUUCUGCAAUUCGUUUGAAUAUCAAGUGAAUGAGAACAGUUGUCAACAAUUCUACUUCAUGUAAUUAAGCAGUUUGGAGUCCGUUAAUAUGCUUAUUUUAUAAAGAGGACUUACUCUUAUUGUUAUAUUGAGAGUGUUUUUUGUGUGUGAAUUUAUAAAUUGGUAGUGAUUUCAUUCUAUUACAUGCCCAUGUGAUUGGCAUUGCAAAGUGCUUCAUGCCCUAUUCACAGUUUUGGCAUAGUACUGUGCACCUGAGAUGGGAAUUAAACGAUGUAAUGCCUGGUUCAGUAGUGAACACUCCAAUCCAUCCUAAAUUAUUUUUAAAGAAUGAAAAAGAAAUACGUGCCUCUUAUUUUUCGUUUUACUAAUUGCGCUGCACUGCCCCGAAUGCAAUACAGACAUUAGUUUUGCAAAGGGGUCAAAUGCAAAACAACAACAGCAAGUAAAGCUAUAUGGAAAGAAUGUAAUAUAGAAGUUGACUUUUUAAGCGUGGUGUGCGUGACUGAAUCUGCAGUUAUAUUUGACAUCUCAGUCAUUUACUAAGUGGCAGUUAUGUUUGCAUUUUUAAUAAUUCACAAAUAAACGUUUACUGUGAGAAGUGUUUGUGCUUUUGCUCUUCGCGUUUGGGUUUAAACUCGGGGCACGGAAUCCAAAAUUCGUGGAUUAGUCAAAGUGAACUUCAGCAAGUACGGAUUUGGACGUCACUGAACCAUGCUUCACUACACUCGUCAGUGGGUUUGAAGGAGGGGAAUGUCAACGUUGAUGCGGUUUAACACGUAAGCUUACGUGAUCAGUAUCCAUAAUAGAGGUUUUUGGGUUAGGUCGCGUAAAUAUAAAUGUGCUGGUAAACCCGCCACCACCCGACCAGAGCCAAUUAGUAAGAUUUGUCAUGUUAACAAAACGUGCCAAUUUAAUACAAUUCGUGCUCGAAUUCGCACACGAACUGUAUAUGUAUCGUGGGUUUACUCUCCAACACACGGGUGUGCUUUACUCGUA